CAUCACGCUGGGCGUCUUCCUCAACUCCUACUACGACGUGAAGUUCAGCGUCCUGGGGAUGGCGUUCGCUACCUUGGGCGUCCUGGUGACCUCCCUCUACCAAGUGUGGGUGGGAGCUAAGCAGCAUGAGUUGCAGGUAAACUCUAUGCAGUUGCUGUACUAUCAGGCACCAAUGUCCUCAGCUAUGUUGCUGUUCAUCAUACCCUUCUUUGAGCCAGUCUUUGGAGAAGGGGGAAUAUUUGGGCCCUGGACACUUUCUGCUGUGAUAAUGGUACUGCUGUCUGGAAUAAUUGCCUUCAUGGUAAACUUGUCCAUUUACUGGAUCAUUGGAAAUACGUCACCUGUCACGUAUAACAUGUUUGGACAUUUCAAGUUCUGCAUCACCCUACUGGGAGGGUGCCUCUUAUUUAAGGAUCCACUGUCUGUUAAUCAAGGCCUUGGGAUUCUGUGCACAUUGUUGGGCAUUUUAGCUUACACCCACUUCAAGCUUAGUGAGCAGGAAAGCAAUAAGAGCAAAUUGGUUCAGCGUCCGUAAAACAAGGGGUUCAGGAGGUGCAACUAAUAAUAUUGUGAAGGAAAACAAGUAUUUAAAUAUGCAUUGAUUCUAGAAUGCACAAAAUUGACUCAUUCAUUUAGAUCUAUGGUUUCGGUUUAACUUCCAGGAUCGUUAUUCUGUAACUAAACCAAACGCACUGAAUUAUGUGAAAUGCUGGGGGUUUGCAUCGCAGUCCAUCCUAUCGUUUUCACUAAAUUUAAAUGGUAAC